AUGACUGCGACAACCAUGACUACAGAGACCGCCAGUAUUAACACGCCAUCGUCAGCCAGUAGCCAUUCCAUCAAGAAGUCGAAUUGGCAGCAGGUCGUGGUGAUAAUUCAACUCGUCGGCGUCACUCUCACGGCCAGCGUGAUCAAUGGCUUGGUGACCAUCGCUCUGCCGACUAUCACCAAGGAUCUCCAGUUGCCAUCAUCUUUAGCCUUCUGGCCCUCAUCAGUGAGUAGUCUCGCUACGGCCUCGACCCUUCUCCUAGCGGGGUCUAUUGCCGAUACCGUUGGUCCACGAUGGGUUGAACUAGUGGGAUCUUUCGCGAGCGGAGGGUUGAUGAUCGGCCAAGGUUUGGCUCAGAAUGGAGAAGGGCUGGUGGUAAUGAGAGCCCUCCAGGGUGUUGGUCUUGCGUUCCAUCUGGCUUCGUCUGUUUCGAUCAUUACGCAACUUCUGCCCCAAGGCAGAGGCCGUAACCUGGCUUUCUCGUGCCUCGGACUUAGCCAGCCCCUUGGCUUUUCUCUCGGACUCGUCAUAGGCGGUGUUUUAGUAGACACCAUUGGUUGGCGAGCGGGCUGGUACAUUGCCGGGGGUAUAACGGUCGCUCUUGCGAUGCUUGGCGUGUGGAUUUUACCCAAGAGCGAGGCUCAUCAAACUGAGAAUAUCCUUCACAAUGUCCGGACAAAGAUCGACUGGGUCGGCGCCGGCCUGGCGUCUGCAUUCAUGGCGUUGCUGUGCUAUCUAUUGGCUAUUCUGAGCGCGGAUCCGUCUCACAUCAAAUCCGUCGAAAGCAUUGUGAUCUUGUGCCUGGCUGCCGUUGCCCUCCCGUUGUUCAUUUACUCCGCACAUUACCGCGUGAAGAGGAAUAAAACAGCCCUGAUCCCCAAUUCACUCUGGAAAAACACGUCAUUCUCGAGUGUUUGUGCCACUGUAGCUCUGUCAAAUGCAGUGCUAAAUUCCAUGGAACUGUUCGCGAGUUUAUUUUUCCAAGAGGUGCAAUACCUAUCGGCUCUCCAAGCAUCGAUUCGGAUUCUCCCAAGCCUUAUUGUUGGCGCACUCCUCAACCUUGUGAUCGGACUAUUCGUCCACAGAAUGCGCGCCGUCUGGAUCGUAACCGUCACCUCACUCCUCUGCGCCGGAUCCCCCCUUUUAAUGGCCGUCAUCCAACCCUCCUGGCCAUACUGGGGUAAUGCCUUUUUCGCCCAGAUUCUGCAACCCGUUAGUUUCGACGCGCUGUUCACCGUAGGACUGAUCGUCAUCACCGAUGUCUUUCCAAAUGAUACUCAAGCCUUGGCGGGGGCGGUAUUCAAUACUUCCGCACAAUUCGGAAGUGCGCUGGGUCUCGCUGUGCUGCAGGUGAUUUCGACUGUGGUCACGGAUAAAUCCGGCGGACAAGAAAAGCACGCUUUAAUGGAUGGGUACCGGGCGAGUUUCUGGACCAUGUUUGGGUCUAUGAUUCUUUGUACGAUAGUUGGGUUCUUGGGGUUGAGGAAGGCGGGGAGAGUUGGUCUCAAGCAAGACUAA